UUCACUCUUUCACAUUGGACGCAUCUGUGAUUUCUUAGGGUUUGGUUUGGUUCGAAGAAGAGAGAGAGCCGAGACACCGUCGCCGCACCGCCGCCGGUCCGCCACCGCCACCGUCGACCUUCGGUCCGCCACCCAGUUUCUUUGCCUCCUCCAGUGGCUCAGCCGCUCAACCACAACAACGCCUGGCACUACGAGGUGAGCGCUUCUUGUUUUGGUAGAGAAACAGCUAAAAAGGUGACGAUCUCCUCAAACUUCAUCUUUCAGAUUCUUCAGUUGAGGUUUUGACGUGAUUGAUCUACUUAGUUCCAGCAUAUGUUUUGGACAAUGGAUACAAUUAAGUGAUGGCUAAAGGUACAAAGCGGAAGAACAGGGACAGAGACAAAGAAGAAGAGAAGGUAGCAGAUGGGGUAGAACGACUAAGCCAUAGAGAGGUUGAAGAAAAAGACAAGGAUCACAGGAAUGUGGAAGGUGGUGUAGAGGAAAAAAUCCUUGAUGAGAUACCAAUUGUGGAAUUUGCAGGGAUACCAGUCCAACCUGCUAAGCAGGAUACUAAGCGAAGGGUUACUUUUAUUCUGGAGAGGGCAUCACUAGAAGUUGCCAAAGUUGGAAAGGCCUACCAGAUUCUGAACUCAAAUGAUCAUGCAAGUUUCUUGAAAAGGCACAAUCGUGAUCCUCAGGCCUACCGACCUGACAUUAUUCACCAGGCUCUCCUGACAGUACUUGAUAGCCCACUCAAUAAAGCUGGAAGGUUACAUAGUCUUUAUGUGCAAACAGAAAGGAAUGUUCUCAUACAAAUCAGUCCGCAAAUACGUAUUCCAAGAACGUUUAAGCGAUUUAACAAUCUCAUGUUACAGCUGUUGCAAAAACUCAGUGUACGUGCUAGUAAUGGACCUGAUAAAGUCUUGCGUACAGUAAAAAAUCCCGUAACUAAUUAUUUACCUGCUAAUUGCCGGCGAAUAGGUCUAUCACGUAGUGCACCACGAGUAGUCAAUCUGCGUGAUUAUGUAAAUGCUGCAAGUGAUGAUGAGCACCUUGUUUUUGUGGUUGGUGCUAUGGCCCAUGGAAAAAUCAAUGUGGAUUAUAUUGAUGAUUUUAUUUCAGUUUCAGAGUUUCCACUUAGUGCUGCAUGCUGCAUUGGUCGCAUAUGUAAUGCGGUGGAGCAGAAAUGGAAGAUCUUGUAGUUCAUCACAUGCAAUUCGAGCUUUGGGACCACGCUUUUGAGCCAAAUACUGCAAUGCUUAAUUAGUUGAGAAAACGGUUUGAAUGCAUCGGUGAUGCAUUUGAAUUACCGCAACAUUUUCUCCAUGAGUUGUAUUUCUAUCUAUUUUAUUUGAGCUCUAAUUUCAUGGCUCAUGGAGAUUCCCCAUUUCUGUUCUUUUAUGUGGUUCCCCAAUAGCAUAUGAAAAACAGUUCUGGGGGGCGCAUUUUCUUAAGACAAGUAGAUUUCUGUAUUGCAAAAUUAACAUCUGGAUUACGGUAGACUAGGAUUGUAAAUGGUUCGAUUUGGGAUAAAUCCAAAUAUACUUGAAACCA